CGAACAAAGCCUAGUGUAGCUGCUCUUCGCGAGAUUAGGAGAUACCAGAAGACGACCGAGCUGUUAAUACGUCGACUACCAUUCCAGAGGAUCUGUCGGGAAGUUACUAUAGAUAUCGCAAGUAAAUCUUCGAGUAGCGUAUGCCGGUUCCAAGCAGAGGCCCUCCUCUGUCUACAGGAAGCGACGGAAGCGUUUCUUACACUUGAGUUCGAAGUCUCUAAUAUGCUUGCAAUACAUGCGAAACGAGUAACGUUGUAG